AUGCUACUCGGUGCGCCAGUCAGUUGGGGCAGCAAGAAGCAGCCAAGUGUUUCGUUGUCCACGAGUGAAGCCGAAUACAUCGCACUCAGCUUGGCGAUUCAAGAGGGCAAGUGGAUUCAUCGUCUGCUUUGUGAGAUCGUGAUGGCUGCCAAUGAAGAAGGACCGGAACUCAUGAUUCAUGAAGACAAUCAGUCGUGUAUCAAGAUGACGAAGAACCCAGUCAACCACGGCCGUGCCAAGCACAUUGAUAUCAAGUACCAUCACAUCCGUGAUGAGGUCAAGCGCGGUGAAGUGAAGCUCAAGUACUGUGAAACUGCGGUGAUGUUAGCGGACAUCAUGACGAAGGGACUUCAUGGACCACGCCACAAGGAGAUGACGACGGCUCUCGGGAUUCGUGAGCAUUCGGAUUGA